UUAAUUUUUAUAGAUCACAAAAAAGUGAUAUAAAAAACUUUUGAUUAAAGUUUUCCAGGAAACUUUUCAUUGUGAACUGAUUGAUGCACCGAGAAAGAUGUGCAUUCUUAUUGCAACUCGAAUAUUUUUAGAGUAUAUUCGAAGCAUUACGAAUUUUGAUGCAUUCAAUUGAAUGACUGAACCUGAAAUUGAAAACAUAUCCAGAAAUAUCGAUUUCUAUUAAAGCAAUGAAUGAAUUUCAUUAGUUAAAGUAAUUUUAUCGAAGAUAAAGUAUCAUUUUACGAAUAAUUAUUAUCAAGGCAAUUUUUCCACAAACCUCCAUUAUUGUAAAUUAUCUUGAAAAAGAUAAAAAGAGAAGAAGAGAGACAGAGAGAGAGAGAGAAAGAAGGAAGGAUUUUGAAAUUUAACUACAAAGACAAAUUACAAAUUAAAGAUUUGUUCGAGACGGUGUCGAGUAACAACCCUCUCUCUCAGAUCGUUUCCUAAUAAAUUACGAGAGCUCAAGAAAACGCUCAUCGAAGGCAUUUUGAGAUAUUUAUAUUGUAAGAAAAAGAGAGAUAGAAACACGCACGAGAGAGAAACAGCGCGUAUUCUCGCGAAACGCGUAUCGCACCCACCACGGGUGCAUCUCGCACGAAUCGCGCGUGCGUGCUCACGUGCUCACGGAUGCGGCAGCCGGGUGUCACAACGUGGCCGACGUCACGCACCCACGCUUCGGACUCCUACGCGGAAUGCGUAUGAGCGCGUGACAUCAUCGCGCUUUCAUAUCUAACAGGCUAAUGAGCAGGAUCUAGGGGCAAGGAUUUCGAUUCAAGAGCGAAUCAUGCGUCAUCCCUCGCUUAUACCAGCGCCGCUUCUGCCGGUGGUGCUCCUGCUCGCCUGCCAGGUGGCCCGUUCGUUUCUGCUGGAGGGCUCCGCGACCAGCUACGCACAAUUUCGCAAAUGGAACGCCGGCCUGAACGGCACCCUCGAAUUUGAAUUCAAGACCGAGCAGGGUAACGGGCUGCUGCUUUACACGGACGACGGCGGCACGUACGACUUCUUCGAGGUAAAGCUGGUCGAGAGCGCGCUCAGGCUGAGGUACAACCUCGGCGGUGGUGCGCAGAUUGUCACGGUCGGUCAUGAUCUCGGCGAUGGUCAUUGGCACAAAGUGCAGAUCACUAGGUGCAACGAAAAUACCACCCUGACCGUGGACGGUGUCGGCGCGGUAUCCACGUCGCGCGGCAAGGAGUUCGAGUUCGGCAAGCUCGCCGGGAACUCGGACGUCUACGUGGGCGGUAUGCCUAGCUGGUACAACAGCAAGCUCACACUGCUAGCGCUGCCCAGCGUGAUAUUCGAGCCAAGAUUCAAUGGAUUUAUUAGGAAUCUCGUGUACGCCGAUGGGGAGAAUACCAUGCCCAGGAGACAGGAAAUGAAGAGUCGGGAUGCCAAGUGCGGUGGUUUCCCGUGUGUCGAGAGCGCCAAACGCAAAUCACCAAGGAGUUUACGCAAUAUUGUGAAUACAACAGAUGCUUGCGAGACUCGUGAUCCAUGUCAGCAUGGUGGCAUUUGCAUUUCUACGGAUAGCGGACCGAUCUGCGAAUGUCGCACCGGUGAUUAUGAAGGCGCAUAUUGUGAAAAAGAGGCAUGGAGCACGGUGCUGCCUACGGCGGGUGCUGGCGAUUACUGGGCUUGGGAUUACAACAAAGCCCCUUCGGAAGCGUCCUUCAGAGGGACCGAGUAUCUUACGAUAGAUUUGAGCAAAGGAGAGCGGGUGCGCAGUACACAGGAAUCUAUAAGCCUUCAGUUCAAAACGAGACAGCCAAACGGACUUUUAUUUUAUUCCGGUGAGGGAGAUGAUUAUCUCACCGUGUCGCUGAGAGACGGAGGCGCCGCAGUAGGAAUGACACUGGCCAAAGGAAGAUUGGAUCUGCACAUAAAACCUGUCAAAGUGCGAUUCGAUGAUAAUCAGUGGCACAAGAUCGUCGUCCACAGAAAGGUCCAGGAGAUCUCUUCAAUAACCAGCUUCUGCAAGCUCUCUGCUAUUGUGGAUGGAAUUUACGCCGAGCACGGACACACCGCGGGAUCUUUCACGCAUUUAGUAAGCGAUCGACUUCUCGUCGGUGGAGGCGCCGGUGCGACAUCCUUGCAAGGCGCUAAAGGGAUCAACAACUUCGUCGGAUGUCUAAGAAAGGUGGAAUUUACUGGAGAAGGAGUCAAGAUGGAACUGAUCGAAGCGGCCAGGAGCGGAGCAGCGGGUGCUGCGGCUUGGGGAAAGAUGGAUUUUCACUGUCGUGAGCCAAGAGCCUCAGAUCCGAUCACGUUCACCACCAGGGACUCGCAUCUCAAGGCUGGAGCGACGAUAAACAUGAGGCGACUCCACGGCCUUGUGGUCACCUUCACCAGCCCAGAGUCCCACCUGGUUCUACCACCUUGGAAAGCUGCCAAGUCCGGAAGUAUAUCCUUCAAAAUUCGUACCAACGAACCCAACGGACUGAUCAUGUACAGCCGCAGCGGAGCACACACCAGACAAGAUCUAUUUGCCUUCGAAAUUCUUGGAGGACAUCUCUACUUGCAUGUCGAUCUUGGAAGUGGUCCUGUUAAAGUAAGAUCAUCAAAGACACGCAUCGAUAAUGGUGCUUGGCACGACGUUGCCCUAAGAAGGGUCGAAAGAGAGGGUCGAGUCACUGUGGGUGAUUAUACAGCCGAAUUUCGUACGCCAGGUGAUUCCACGCAAUUAGACUUGGAUGGUUUGUUAUAUAUCGGUGGUGUGGGUGCACCAUUCGCGCCUUUAACAGUUCCGCCCGUUCUAUGGACGGGUGCCCUUCGACAGGGCUAUGUGGGUUGCAUGAGAGACCUCGUUAUUAGUGGACAUCCAGUAGAUAUCGCAGGAUAUGCGCAACAACAAGAUUCUGGUGCAGUGAGACCUGCUUGUCAUAUUCAAUCCCCACAUUGCCCUUCGCAACCGUGUAUGCACGGUGGCCAUUGUCUCGAAGGAUGGAAUCGAUUUCACUGUGAUUGCACCAGCACACCUUUCACAGGACCCACUUGUGGCAAAGAUGCAUCGACACUGCAUUUGAACGGCACGCAACAAAUGACAGCACUGAUGCCGGAAGAAUCCAGAACACAGGCGGAGGAAGUCAUCAUACGAUUUAAGACAACUAGACCACGUGGACUUCUAUUAGCGACAAGCUUGGAGAACAGUGCCGACCGUUUACAGAUUUAUUUAGACGAAGGCAAAGCGCAGAUGCUAAUUCACAUCGGAGAUCGAGAAAAGUUAUUGGUAGCUGGACAAGGUCUUAACGAUGACAUGUGGCAUACAUUGAGAUUCUCCAGACGCUCCAAUUCGCUCAAAUUUCAAGUCGACGACGAAACAGCUAUACGAGUGGAGACGCAAUUGGGAAAGCAGAGCAUCUUGGAGUUUCGUACCCUCCAUGUAGGCGGAUAUCUUCACACGGGCGAGGACAUACCACAUUUCGUAGGCCAACUGCAGCAGAUUUGGUUCAACGGAUAUCCGUAUUUGGAGAUUGCGCGCAGCGCUGGAAGCCAUCAAACCUCGCACCAAGGUGUUACGCCCAUCAUCAGAGUUACCGGCAAAUUCGGGAAGAGAAACCAUCCGGUUCAUCAUCCGGUAACCUUCACUUCCAAACACACUUUUGUGGGCCUUCCAGUGCUCAAAGCGUAUGUGGAGACCAAUAUCUAUUUUCAGUUUAAAACGCGUGAGGCGAACGGCUUGAUCCUUUAUAACGCCGGAAGGGAACAUGACUUCAUUGCAGUCGAGUUGGUUAACGGACACGUUCAUUACGUGUUUGACCUUGGCGAUGGGGCCGUCAGGGUCAGAGACACCUCCAAGUCCAAAUUGAACGAUGGCAAGUGGCACGCCGUCAGCAUCGGUAGACCUGCCUCAAAGAGACAUACCCUCGCUGUAGAUGAUCAUGUGACCGCUGUCAACAGCCAGGGCAGCAAUGAGAAUCUCGAUCUUGAUGGCAUUUUGUAUAUAGGCGGAGUGGAGAAAACGCAAUACGGCCAAUUGCCGAAGCAGAUUCUCAGUCGUCACGGAUUCGAGGGAUGUUUAGCGUCGUUGGAUCUCAGCGGGGAAAGCACCGAUCUCAUUACCGAUGCCGUUGUGCCGAGUUCACUCGUCACAUCCGGAUGUGAUAUUUAUAGCAACUUACAUCCGGGCAAGAAAUGCACGCAUGAUCUCUGCGCCAAUCAUGGCACGUGUGUACAGCAGUGGAAUAGUUACACAUGCGAUUGCGACAUGACAAGUUUCACUGGGCCGACCUGUAAUGAUGAGGCUAUCGCUUAUGAAUUUGGGGCCGGAAGAGGGAUUAUCACAUAUACUUUUCCGCCUGAGCGUCGGCCGGAAAUGAAGAGGGACACCGUGGCCUUGGGUUUCGUCACCGGCGUUAAUGAUGCCGUGUUGCUUAGGAUAGAAUCUGCGUCGAGUAACGAUUAUCUCGAAAUAGAAAUUGUGGAAGGUAACGUUUUUGCGGUUUAUAACAUGGGUACCAAUGACCAUCCAAUCGGUGAGGUUGGCGUGAAAGUUAACGACAACCAAUAUCAUGUGGUUAGAUUCAUCAGGACAGGACCGAACAGCACGUUACAAGUCGAUGACUACAAUUUGCAAUCUAAUCAUCCAUUAGGUCAUCAACUGACAGUGUUCAACAGCCAGUCUACUAUUCAAGUAGGCGGUCGAUGGAAUCGCAGCAAGGGUAGAGUGGAGAGGCCAUUCUUGGGAGUAAUAGCCGGCUUGGUCGUUAAUGGUGCGAAGAUCUUAGAGCUGGCCGCAGCCAAAGAUGGCAAAGUUAUAACUAGAGGAGAUGUGCAACUCUUACCGGCCGGAAGUCUUCUCGAUCGCGCCGCACCUUUACAAAGAAUGCAACAGACGCCUGCAUCCGGUUUUCCCGGCGUCGUAGAUGAUCUUAUAUUCUCCGGCGCCGGAAGCGGUUGCGCUGGCGAUGACGAGGACGAGGAAUGCACUCCAAUCUACGAGUCUGGUUCCGAUGACAUCAUCACGCCAGUGUAUGUCGCGUCCACACGACUGCCGUCAACGUUAAGGCCAAAGCUUCACAAGGAGAACAUCCAAGUGAAAAUAUCGUGUGACGAUGAGGAAGACUGCGAGGAGGGAUCAGGCGAUUCCAGAACAACGGAAGAGAUUUUUGUCACAUCGACCACCGACAUCAGCUCGGUGACGACGCCUCGCGAGUACUCGACGAGCCAUACCAGCACACAAACAUCGUCAGCGUCGUCGACAACGUUGAGCCGCGACGUCGUCACCGUCUCCGUCCAAUACAAUGUGUCAACUACAGACCUCGAGACCAGCCAUGGCAGCAGCGUCGUGACGCAUCGAUCGACAACCGUGACAACGCAGUCAACCACGACGGAGAUGACGGAACCGCCGCCACCGCCUCCUCCACCAAUGUAUCCGCCGAUGCCCACUCCGCCCAAAAACAACAAUAAGCGAAUCACUUCUGAAGCGGCCGAAAAUGCCGCACUCAUAAUCGGCAUCAUAGCUGCCGCGCUGAUAGCGAUAGUCCUCAUCAUAUUGAUAAUCCUCAAGUUCAAGAACCGGCCAGAGACGAGCUACAAGGUGGACGAAACUAAGACGUUCUGUCAGGAUCCGAACGCGGCUUUGCUGGGCGCCGCUGGUUCCGGUCAGCCCUUCAAUGGUGCCCUCAAGAACGGCGCCAACGGUAGCAAACCUAACAAGAAACGAGAACUGAUAGACAUUAAAGAGUGGUACGUGUAAAGAAUCGUCGACACUGCGGAGACAUUGCUUUGCGUAUCGAGGCCCGAAGACAUACUCGCGUCUUUCGUCAUCCUUCAUGUUUUAUCGUUGGGAAAGAUCGUGGAUUAAGAGGGGCGAUCCCUCCCCUAAAACGGUCUUGAUAUCGCGAGUGUGCAAAGGAAAAACGUGAGCUGAUCGAACAUUAUCGAAAAGUUGUUUCCUGCCUCACAACUGUGUGCUAUAAUAGUAAGCAAAUCUCGCGAAUCCCGAAUUUCAAGGAUCUGUCUCAAGGAUCAGUACACGCGCAACUUGGCAAGUGAUCGAAUGUUCUUCUACAAAUCUUCCUCGAGCUGUGUUUAUUGCGGUAGACAAUUUUUAUGAAGACGCCUCGUGAGAUCUGAGGAGAUCGAUGAAACAAUCGCGCGUGCGAUCCCCGAAACAGCUGAAGGGGCAUGUUUGAAAAGACAUCCCCUUUCGUGCUUUAAAAUCCUUUUAUACUCUUCUGCGACGAUUCCGAGAAGAAUCUAAUGCGCACGAGAGAUCGAUCGGUGAUCGAGAUCAAGUAUCCUUGGAUGAAAUGUAUUUCUUAAAGACUUGCUUUAAAAUUGGAAUCGAUAGGUCGUAUGUUCAGACGAAAGGACGUAUUCGUUCCUCGAGAAAAGCAUAACGAAGUAUCGAUCGUAAUUAUAAAAAACUCCCUUUAAUUCUAAUGCAAAUUAAGGCAGAUCAAUCUCGGAAGAGCUCCUCGAACUGCUUACUCUCGCGAAGAGAGCCAAUGCGAUAUAUCGAUCAGCGAUCUAGCACCGCUUCUCUUGUUCCAUCGACACAAAAUCUCAGGAUAAAAUUUAGACAUAUGGCAAGGAUCGAGUAUCGAUCGUAAAGGAUCUUGAGAAAGGAUCUUCUCUUCAUUUUCAUUUGUCACGAAUUUUUUUGAGCCACAAUCGAAUGACAUUUGCGGCGCUACUCGAUCCUUUGAUUCGUAUUAUAAUUAAAGGCAGAAAGAUGAUUCGCGCGCAAGCAGACAAGAAAACAGUAUCUGCGAGCAAGGCACUGUUCCACGUAAGAUGGUUCUUGCCUCUAUCUAGAACGACUUUUCGAAGAGAAACAAAGAGGAUGAAAUAAACGCGAAGAUCGUGAAAUUAAAAGUAGGAAUUAAUUAAAGAAAAGAACAUUGAAGGUGAUAUUAACAGUGAUUAAUGAACAGAUCUUAGGAAGCAACUUGCACCGAUAAUAGGUUAUUUAUACAUUGUUGUUUUGUGGAUUUUACUUCCAACAUCUUUUGUUACGAAUGUGGCAUUAAAUGAUUCUUAAGAGCGUCGAGAAAAAAUAUUAAUUUCUAUAGUUAAAGCGAUUUCAUGUUAUAUCUAUUCUUUAAGAAUUAAAUGAUAAGCUAUUGUUUGAGUGACUUGUACGAUUUUUUAAAUAAGUAGUAAGUGAUAUUUCAA